AUGAAAGUGCAGAGAGUUCCAGACAAAGCUGCUGCUGCUGUUGAUCGUAGUUUUGCCGCUGAAGCAAGGAGAGUAGAGAAGGGAGCGAGCAGGGCUAUAGGAGCUGUCUACGCAAAAGCGUCGCUGCUAUCGAUUUGGGACUCAGAGACGGGCAGGCUCUGCCUCCUCUCUCUACGACCAACCACUGCUGGCUUCAUCUGUUCUGACUGGCUUGGGUUCGGUCUGGCUCGGCCUAUCUGCUGCUACUGCCGCGCGCCCACUCUAAACCCCUUUCUCACAGCAUGUCCGAGAAAACUCAGCCUAUUUGCAUAA